AAUACAGAUUGAUUUGAAUAUAAUCGUCUCCUUCAAAGAAUACGGUUCAAAACCUGCAUUAAAUGAAGGUUAAUAGUUAACCUGUUAUUUAUGAUGUCGUUCCGAAGAGUUUUGUGACUGCCAAUGGAAUACAAAGUCAAUAAUUCGUUUUUCUGAUUUACCAAUAAUUGUCCAAAAGUCAGAUUGCCGUCUUUGAUAAUAGACGACUCAUUUACCCUUCACUUCUUACCACUGUUGAUUGGUGUUUGAGACAUAACAUGUAAAAAACCAACAAUAGCUGCAUUAGAGAUUUCGAUCAAUCAAGAAAAACAAGUACGAUUGGUGUUUCAAUUUAUAUUUAUUCCUGAAGAGACUCUUUUAUUGACUUAAUUUAUAUUUAUCACUCUAAUAAUAUGUACUUUAAAGAACAAUUUGAAUUGUUUUUUAUUAAUAGGACGUUUACAGCCAACGUUCGACAUUAGUAAAUGUUUUAUUCAAUCGAAAUAUUUUACUUGCAUUUCAAAUUAGUAGCGAAGAUUUUAUGAGAGAGAGAUAGAGAGAGAAUACACUUUAUUGCAUAUCAAAACACAAUUUACAUUCAAAAAACAGUCAAAAAGCAUAUACAUUUGUACAAUAAGCGGUCUUAUCGCUAAGAGCGACCUCUUCCAGGCAAGCGUUUAAUUUACAGAAAUUCUGGAAAAUAUAAAAAUAUAGCAGGUAUGUUGCGGUGUACUAUAGACAAUACAUUAUUAUAUAAUAGAAAAUAUAUACAUACAAUAAACAGAUAUAUACCGUUUACGUAUAUAAUGAAAUAUAUAACUAAUUGAUUUAUAUACCAAUAUACAUACUUACAUACAAUACAUACUAUAAUAUGAGAUUUUUUCAAAACAAAAAACUAAACGAGGCAAUCAAUUAAGCACGUGGCAUCAUUCAUGAAUUACAUUGAAUAGUACGAACUGAUUAGAAGUGGGCCGGGCGUGGGGCAGGCGCGGCCUAGUCCACGCUCAGUCGCGAGGCAUGUCGCGUCGCGUACACCGCCCGCGGAUACAAGCCCGUCUCCGCCCGCAGGCCGCCCCGGAGCCCGCACCGCCACCGGAACCGCCCCAACCUGAGCCCGACCAUCCGCCUUCCGAAGAGGAACGAGAACCAGGCGACUGGCGAGCCUCUCGGCCAUCCUCCCCUCCACAGCGCCCUGAUGACAUCUCAGAAGGCUCGGAACCUCCACGACCGAUCAGAACAGAACCCGCCAGUCGCUAUGCCAACCUCAACUACUGGAAAGCGAGAAGGGUCACGUUCUACCGUAACGGAGAUCCGUUCCAUCCUGGCGUCGAAUUCCGAUUCAAGCCGGGUCGUGAUUUGGCGUCUAUUGAUGCGUUACUGGACCGAUUGUCUGAGAGACUAGAAUUACCUAGAGGAGCGAGGUUUAUCUUCGGGAUGGACGGAGACCGGAAGUACAGGCUGGAAGAGCUGGAAGACGGAGCAUCUUACGUCGUGUCUUCCUACAAAACUUUCAAGGCCGCCAGCUACGGUAAAAAGAACGGUAUGUGGUACGGUGGAACUGGUACCAGCGGGUGGUCGAGGUCCGGUACUCGCAAGCAAUCGGUUGCGGAGUCCGAUGCACCUCCUCCCGGAGGUGGAAAGCCGGCUAGUGGUCGUGUCAUCAGAAUCAUCAACAACAUGGACCACUCUAUACAGUGUCGCGUUUUACUGAACUUACGGACAACGCAACCUUUCGAAGAGGUAUUAGAGGAUCUGGGUCAAGUACUCAAAAUGAGCGGGGCAAAGCGAAUGUACACGAUAACCGGUCAAGAGGUAAGAAGUUUCUCUCAACUCCGGAACGAAUUUGCAGACGUGGAAACAUUUUACUUGGGACCUGCGAUGCUUCCACCAGCUUUGAGUCCCGGAGUCAGCGCUCCACUGCCUAUCGAGUCACCAAUUAGAAGGUCUCGAUCGAGAGCCAAUGUGGCGACAGCACCGAUGAUUGAUGACACGCGAAACGGUGGGCGACGAGCCAGGAGCAAGAGCAGACCGCGGGUUUUAUACGCGCCCGAAGGCGAGAUUGUUAGAAAUUCAGAUUACACUCUCCUUGAAGUUCUGAAGGAAGAACCUAUACGCGUGACUAUUCGUGGCUUACGAAGAACAUUCUACCCGCCCAUACAUCAUGCGCCUGUCGACAACUCUCCGCCCGACAAGAAAUUACAACUAGAUUGGGUAUAUGGGUAUCGAGGUUUUGAUUCCCGUCGAAACUUAUGGGUGUUGCCGACUGGAGAACUGCUGUACUACGUGGCGGCUGUGGCCGUCAUGUACGACAGAGAUGAGGAGUCUCAAAGACAUUAUACCGGCCACACUGAGGAUAUACAGUGCAUGGAGCUCCAUCCGUCCCGGGAGCUUGUGGCGAGCGGACAACGGGCCGGCCGGGGACGGCGCGCUCAGGCGCACGUCCGCAUCUGGAGCACCGACACAUUGCAGACCCUGCACGUGUUCGGCAUGGCCGAAUUCGAAGCCGGUGUCUCGGCUGUGGCAUUCUCGCAAUUAAAUGGCGGUAGUUACGUCCUUGCUGUGGAUGCUGGUCGCGAGAGCAUACUCUCCGUGUGGCAGUGGCAGUGGGGCCAUCUACUCGGAAAAGUCGCUACUUUGCAAGAAGAGCUAACCGGCGCUGCUUUUCAUCCUUUAGACGACAACUUACUCAUAACACACGGAAAAGGCCAUCUCGCGUUCUGGAAUAGAAGGAAAGAUGGAUUCUUCGAAAGAACCGAUAUCGUCAAACCGCCUUCUCGCACGCAUGUGACCGCCCUGCAGUUCGAGCAGGACGGCGACGUGGUGACGGCAGAUAGCGAUGGGUUCAUUACGAUUUACAGCGUCGAUAGCGACGGUGCUUACUUCGUGCGAAUGGAGUUUGAGGCUCACAUCAAAGGCAUAAGUUCCCUCAUCAUGCUGUCUGAGGGGACAUUAAUAUCUGGAGGCGAGAAGGACAGAAAAAUUGCCGCCUGGGACUCUUUGCAGAAUUACAAAAGAAUUACUGAGACGAAGUUACCAGAAACUGCUGGUGGGAUCCGCAGUAUCUACCCACAGCGGCCCGGUCGUAACGAUGGUAAUCUGUACGUCGGUACGACCAGAAACAAUAUAAUGGAGGGAUCUUUACAGAGGCGAUUUAAUCAAAUUGUCUUCGGACACCACAAGCCGCUGCUGGGUGUCGCGGUACACCCUGACGACGAGAUGUUCGCGACAGCCGGUCACGACAAGAACAUUGCUCUGUGGAAAGGGCACAAGCUUGUUUUCGCAACUCAGGUGGGAUACGAGUGCGUGUCGCUGGCGUGGCACCCCGGGGGCGGCGCGCUCGCGGCCGGCAGCACUGAGGGUCACCUGGUUGUGCUCAACGCCGACGCCGGAGCGCAUGUCGCAACACUCAGAGUCUGCGGUUCGCCGCUCAAUUGCCUGCAAUAUAACACCGCUGGAGAUUUCCUCGCCAUUGGAUCUCAGAACGGCAGUAUCUACCUAUUCAGGGUGUCUCGAGACGGCUUCUCUUACAAGAAGUCGAAUAAGAUCCGAGGCGCUCAACCUCUGAUGCAGUUGGACUGGAGUCUCGACGGAAACUUCUUGCAGACUGUGACCGCGGAUUACGAUUUGGCUUUCUGGGAUAUAAAAUCGCUAUCUCCAGAGAAAAGCCCGAUAGGCAUGAAAGAUGUCAAGUGGUCCACGUUUAACUCAACUGUCGGAUUCCUUGUCUCGGGUAUGUGGAACAAUCGCUUCUACCCAAUGACAUCCUUGAUUUCGUCAUCGAGUCGCUCGGCGGCCCACGAUCUUCUGAUCAGCGGUGACUACGAUGGAUACCUACGACUGUUCAGGUAUCCAUGCGCCAGCCCUAAGGCUGAAUACAACGAGGUGAAAGUAUAUAGUGGCGCCAUCCACAACGCGAGGUUCUUAUUCAACGACCGCUGCGUGAUCAGCGCCGGAGGUCACGACGCCGCUCUCAUGCUGUGGGAGCUGGUGGAGGAAUAGCACGAGGCGGCGGGGCGCCAACCCCCCGCUGUCGUCGUCGCGCCCCCCACACCCUCACCCCCGCCACCUGCUCUCCUCACGACGUUCAGGGUCCUCGACUUUGACGAACUGGAUUGAAGUUUUGUCAAAAGACUGACAUCACUUACUUUUACCGGAAACCAAGAAAUUGACAUUCUGGUUAUUCGUUUUUGUGCAGCACUGGGAUCGGGGUAUAGACCUGUGGGAUUCUCUUUACUCACUUUUCCAACGAGGACUCAUAUCGAUCAAUACUACUAAAAAAUUAUGACUCCGUAAUCGCGGGUACGACAUUAUCGCGACGAGUCCUUUUUCCGAGGGAGUUCUCUUGGUAUCAGAGCGUGUAACGCCGCUCUAUCUCAUUUCCAUACUGACGCUGAACACAGAAAUCUAAGAUAGCCAAUCUAACAAAUGUUCAAGUAUUGUUCAACGUUUUACACCGACAUUCUUACUUUAAUACUCUAUUAGUGACUUUUUCUGAUAUCUAUUUCGGUUUUAUUGUAAUAGUGAAUGCGAAAUAUAAUUUAUAAAUUAGUUUCUAAUAGCGCUAUACACUACUAUCUAUUAUGUCCAAUAUAAAAUAACUCUCGAAAUUUGUUACAUACUGAAGGAUUACUCUUCAGAAAGUAAUUACAAACGGAUAUCUUUCAUUGAAGAUAAGAGCGAGACCAAGAUAGCGACUUUUUAAAUGUAGAAACUCUCCGUGAGUUUCACAAACUGCAGGGAGCAUUCUUUAUAGGAUCUGUUAUGUCCUUACAAGCUAGUUCGGAAUAACGUAUUUUGUUGUAUUAUAGAUACUUUAGACAAAUUGAAGGUCUUUGCGAAAUAUUACUUACCUAUUACUCUUGAAAUUUUAUUUUCAAAUGGAAAUAUAGAACAUGCUUUCGAUUACGGCGUACAUUAUAUAAUUAUAUAAUAUAUAAUAGCAAGUAAUAA